CUGGGUCGUACGGAUCGUCGGCCUGCGCUCAUGCGGGCGUCUUCCCCGGCUCGACAAGCCCGCCUAUAGGUUCAAGCAGGCGCUCGACCUGGGCGCCCUGAAGGGGUACGCCCGCGAGGGCCGACCCUCCGCCGUCCGCCCGGCCCUGCAGGACGGUGCCGCGGCGGGUGACCCGCCGAUCGAGGUCGCGGACGUGGUGAUGCCCAAUCGCGAGGCUGCCGGCUCCGACGCGGGCGCGGCCCCUGCGCUGGCGGCCGUCGGCGACGACGCCAGCCCAGCGUAUCCCCAGGCGGGGCCGCUGGACAUGCCGCGUGGCCACGCGUGGGUGCUCAUGGAGGGCGGCCGCGCUGACGACCUCGGCGACGAGCUGGUGCUGGGACCAGGCGGCCUCAGGCUGUCGGACUACGACGCGAUGAUCCUCCGUCGGGGGCAGUGCCGCCGGCCCGAGCUCAGCCCCCCCAUGGAGGGGGGCGAGUUCGUGCGAGCCCGCCGAGAGGAGCUGGCGGGUCAGCUGAG